AUGUCGAAGGCAGACCAUGUUGCCGUGAGCGCUUUUGGUUUGAUGGACUGCGGCCGUGGGGUGCGUGGUGUGCUUUAUGGUAUCUGCUUUACCCUCCUCUUCCUCUGGGCCACUCUUGGCUACUUCCUGGUCUACAUCCAGUAUCUCCCACCGGAUCCAACGGAUGACUACUGUGGGAUUACCGCCUUUCUGUGCCUGUGGCUGUCAGUCUUUGCAUUUGUCGACAACCCCGGCGAGAAACGGACGCGCAUCCAGAGGUGGGAGGAGUUCAUUACCAUGUGGGUGUUGACCAGUGGCCUUGCCCAAGUCUUCUGGGAGUUGCCCUUCGUCCUUUGGAAGGUGCGGUACUUGCAGCCCAUCAAGUCCACAAAGACGCUCGAGGUAGAUGAGCUCUGGGCCUGGCCUUUCUGGAUGUACGGAUCCGGCGACACCCGCUACAUGCGACAGCAUUCCUCCUCGCACGCCACAGAGACGAUGCUAGUCCUCUCCGGUCCUUUCGAGCUCGCGGCCGUUGCCAUGUUCAAGGCGCGUCGACACUACAAAACUGCCCUCCUGAUUUCGGCCCUGACUCAUUGGGGUUUCUUCUGGGCGAACACCUCCGUGAUCUACAUCGCCGAGAUCUACGACAACUACGAGAAUAUCACCGACGGCUGGGCCGGAUAUUGGGUGAAGUGGGCGGGUCUCAACUUACAAUGGUCAGUUUUGAGUCCGAUUUGUACAUUUGCCUCCCUUUGGCUCCUUUGCGGAAAGGU